AUGGUUUGUCUGGAUUCUCUCUCUGUCAUUUUUCCAUCUGUCUCUCUUGCUGUCUUCUCCCCCUCCACACCUCAAUCUCUUGCCAUCCCCUCCCCAUCUCAUCCUCUUGCUAUCAUCUCUUCCUCCCUAUCUCGGCCUCUUGUUGCCAUCUCUGUUUUCAUUACUGCAAUUUCCCGUUAUUUUUUUUUUUUUUUUUUGUCCAUAAUCUGUCUUUCUUUCUUCCUUUUUGUCCAUCCCCUCUCUCUCUCUUUCUUCCUUUUGGUCCGUCCCCCCUCUCUCUCUUUCUUCCUUUUGGUCCGUCCCCCCUCUCUCUCUCUCUUUCUUCCUUUUGGUCCGUCCCAUCUCUCUCUCUUUCUUCCUUUUGGUCCGUCCCAUCUCUCUCUCUUUCUUCCUUUUGGUCCGUCCCAUCUCUCUCUCUUUCUUCCUUUUGGUCCGUCCCCUCUCUCUUUCUUCCUUCCUUUUGGUCCGUCCCCCCUCUCUCUCUUUCUUCCUUCCUUUUGGUCCGUCCCCUCUCUCUCUCUCCUUUUGGUCCGUCCCCCUCUCUCUCUUCCUUUUGGUCCGUCCCCCCUCUCUCUCUUCCUUUUGGUCCGUCCCCCUUCUCUCCCCAUCCGUCCCCCAUCUCUCUUCCUUUUCAUCUAUCCCCUCUCUUUUGUUUUCUUACUUUUCUUUACCACUUUUCUCUUUACCAGUCCGUCAGAUGGGACAGUCACACAUUUCGGAAAGGUGGAGAAUGGCGUCAUCAAACAAGUAAAAGGUGUCAACUUUUCUGUGGAGGGUUUUCUUGGGCCAAUUAGUUGGAAGCUUCCAUUUUCCCAGUCCGCCUCAAAAGCUGCAAAUGAGGUGAAGGGUCCAUCAAACGGACCUGUCGACCAGAACCAGAAUAUUUUGCCUCAUCUCAUCCAUCCAGAAAAUGUCCUCUAUCACUGUGUCAUUUAUCUUGCCCCUGGUGACUACCAUCGAUUCCAUUCACCAACCGACUGGAUUGUUUAUUAUCGGAGACAUUUCCCAGGGGAACUCCUGAGCGUGCAUCCAGGCAUGGCUCGUUGGAUCAAAGGCCUCUUUAACCUCAAUGAACGAGCUAUGUAUGUUGGACUGUGGAAACAUGGAUUUUUCUCUAUGACAGCUGUUGGUGCCACCAAUGUUGGAUCUAUACGCAUCUACAAUGACCAUGAAUUGGCUACUAACACAGGAAAAAAACCAGAUGGAACUUACUCAGACCGCUACCUGCCUAACGAAGAGAAUCCAGGUGUACCUGUGGAGAAAGGAGACCUUUUUGGAGAAUUUAACCUCGGAUCAACAAUCGUUCUCAUUUUCGAAGCUCCUAAAGAUUUCAAAUUUGGUGUAGAAGCUGGACAAAAGAUAAAAUAUGGUGAAGCUUUUGAUUUUUUCUUUUCUAUAGAAAGGCAACAUGCUGGAAAUUUUAAUUUAAAUAUUUCUUUCUUUUUCUUUCCUUCUUUUUCUCUCCUCUCUCUCUCUCUUCUCUCUCUCUCUCUUUCUUUUCUUCUCUUUCUUUUUCUUCUCUCUUUCUCUCUCUUUUUCUUCUCUCUUUCUCUCUCUUUUUUUUCUCCUUCUUCUAGCUGA